AUGGGAAUAAAUGCAUCAUUCGGGGCUGCAAGCACAAUAGUGUACCUCAGCCUCGAUCCCAAGCAGGAGAAGGAACGGGGAGGUUCUUACACUCACGGCGCCGAGAAGGAGUUCUCGUGCGGGCGCUGCGACAAGCGCUUCCUGUUCCGCGCCGCGCUGCGCGUGCACCUCGUCACGCACGACGCGCCCGCGCAUCUAUACUGCCACCUGUGCGACUUCAGCUUCAAGAACCGGAUGUCGUACACUCAGCACAUCAAGUACAGCCUCAAGCACUGCGACCCCGCCGCGCUCAAGUACAAAUGUCGCGAGUGCGACAAGCGCUUCCUGAAGGAGUCCCGACUGCGCGAGCAUACACUGGCGGUACACCUCAAGGCGACGCCGCUCGCCUGCGACCAGCCAGGGUGCACCUUCCCCUGCGCGGGCACCGGCGCGCGGCGCACGGGCCGGCGCCGGCGCCGCGCCACGUGUGCCACGCCUGCGGGAGGACCUACAAGGUCAGUGAGCGGCGCCGGGCCUGGCGACCUCGUACCCCGCCACGCGACUCACGCCACCCUGCUGUUGCAGACCAAGAAGUCCCUGGAAGGCCACCUCCGCUCGCACUCGGGCGAGCGUCCGUUCGCGUGCACUACUUGCGGCGCCACCUUCGGGUACGAGGCCGCGCUCUACAACCACACGCGCCUCGUGCAUCUCAAGCAUAAGUUGGGUCGCGGGCGCCCCCCUCCGUCGCAGGCGGCGCCAUCUAGUGGCGACGCGGGACUACCUACAGCAGCAACAGACUCCACUCACGGCGCCGAGAAGGAGUUCUCGUGCGGGCGCUGCGACAAGCGCUUCCUGUUCCGCGCCGCGCUGCGCGUGCACCUCGUCACGCACGACGCGCCCGCGCAUCUAUACUGCCACCUGUGCGACUUCAGCUUCAAGAACCGGAUGUCGUACACUCAGCACAUCAAGUACAGCCUCAAGCACUGCGACCCCGCCGCGCUCAAGUACAAAUGUCGCGAGUGCGACAAGCGCUUCCUGAAGGAGUCCCGACUGCGCGAGCAUACACUGGCGGUACACCUCAAGGCGACGCCGCUCGCCUGCGACCAGCCAGGGUGCACCUUCCCCUGCGCGGGCACCGGCGCGCGGCGCACGGGCCGGCGCCGGCGCCGCGCCACGUGUGCCACGCCUGCGGGAGGACCUACAAGGUCAGUGAGCGGCGCCGGGCCUGGCGACCUCGUACCCCGCCACGCGACUCACGCCACCCUGCUGUUGCAGACCAAGAAGUCCCUGGAAGGCCACCUCCGCUCGCACUCGGGCGAGCGUCCGUUCGCGUGCACUACUUGCGGCGCCACCUUCGGGUACGAGGCCGCGCUCUACAACCACACGCGCCUCGUGCAUCUCAAGCAUAAGUUGGGUCGCGGGCGCCCCCCUCCGUCGCAGGCGGCGCCAUCUAGCGGCGAUGCGGGACUACCUACAGCAGCAACAGACUCGUGA